AUGGACUUCUUCCAAUAUUUCUUUCGUUACUACUGGCAGUUGGUUUACAUGAUAUGCUUGAUGUUGUACAUUACAAUGUAUAUCUUAAUCUAUAACUUUACGGGGAAGACUUUACAAACAGUGAAGUACUUCUUAUACCCUUCCUGUACUGCGAUGCUGAUCGCGAUGACAAUGGCGUUUGCAACACAGACUAGAAACAUAGACAAUACACACUCCAUGGCGCUUCUCUGUGAUGGAUUCUGCAAAUACAUUGGCCCCACAUUCUGCUUUUAUUGUUAUAACCUUUAUACGGCUUUUGGAAUAGUUGUGAAUUUGAUCAACCUACACACAAUGUACUACCGUACUCUGUGUCUCAAGUAUCUCGACGCGAAGAAGGUUCGAUUGUGGACGUUGGUAUUCAUGUGGCAUUAUUUGUGUCCAUUGAUCUACUUGAUAGUAAUAAUAACUUCACCGCAAAGGCACCUAGAAGUCAGCAUGGAAACUUUAUCCCUCCACCCUAAUUUUGACUACACACCUUAUUUAACGUUUGGGGGAUUCAGCCAAGCUCAGAAAGAACUUCUUGAUAAAGCUGCAAUGAGUUUGUCACUGAUCUCGAUGUAUUAUCCACUAAUUGGUACUUAUUGGAAGCAUAAGGCGAUGAAAAUGUUGAAAUCACACAUGUCACCAAACACGUCGGAUGCAACGCGAGCGAUGCUUCAGACGUUGAUAAAGGGCUUGAAUUUUCAAAUCCUUCUACCCAUGCUACGCUACAUACCACUGACAGCUAUAUAUUUCAUGAUCAAGUACACAGGAGAACAAUUUCUAAUUUCUCAAUACACAAUAACAGUGCUGGGAACAAUUCCGUGUAUCCUUGAUCCACUUGUACAAAUUUAUUUUAUUCGAGAUGCGAUUCGAAAGUUUUUAGCAUGCAACUCGAGCCCAGUUCGAAGGAUUUAUGACAGUUGGGCUUCCAGAAUGAUAAUUUGA